AUGGAGACCAUGUCAUAUCCUUGCUCCCCUCUCAUCCCCUUCCCCACACAGCAUGAAGAGAGCAGCUACCUCCUGUGGUCUCCUCAAGUACUGAUCCCCCUUUCCCUUGAGAAUGGCGAUGGCGAUGCCGAUCCUUCCUCUGAUCAUCAUCAGCAGCAAGAUCAUGAGGUCAUGGACAUGCUGAUCCAAGAAGCCAAUCGCUUGCCGCUUCAAGAUGAGCUCUCCAACGGCGAUCCAUUAUUCACCGGUUUUGAUCAGAGGAGGGAAGGGCAAGAAAAUGGCAGCCUGUUGGCAGUCCAAGAGGAGUUCAUGGCGGAGAGCAGUUUAAGCGACCUCCUCGUCGCCGGCGCCAGGGCAGUUGCGUCCCAGGACUCGAUAAGCGCCUCGGCCAUCUUGUCGAGGCUCGACGACCUCAUCCCCGGCGUGCCUUACAGAAGCUGUCACCACGCAGCGGCCAGCCCAUCCGACCAUCUGGCCUGUUACUUCGCCAGAGGCCUGCGGUCCCGGAUCUCCGGCGCGCGCACCGAACGCCAUGCGGCUGCUGCGCCGGCACCGGAGAACCGGAUGCCGGCGUACCGGAUGCUGCAAGAGCUCUCGCCGUUCAUCAAGUUCGCCCACUUCACCGCCAACCAGGCCAUCCUGGAAGCCACCGCGGACGACCCCGGCGUCCACGUCGUCGACCUCAACGUCGGCGAGGGCGUCCAGUGGGCGUCACUCAUGUCAGACCUCGCCCGCCACGGCGGCAAGCCGUUCCACCUCACGGCCGUCGUCACGGCCGCCGGCGCGGAAUCCCACACCGCCAGCUCUCACCCCAUGGCGGCACGGUGGCUCUCGGAGUUCGCGGAGUCGCUGAACCUCCCCCUUCCCGUGAUCGUCUCAUGCGACACGACGGAUAAAUCUUACAGCUCCCUGAUCAGGUUGCAGAUGCAGCUUCUCGGCAGUGUCAAGAUCCUACACCCCAAGCUGGUGAUCCUAAUCGAACAAGAGCUCUUCAGGAUCGGCCGAAGUCCCGCUCCAUUCGCGGAGUUCUUCUGCGAAGUGCUGCAGCACUUCGCUGCCAUGCUGGAGUCCUUGGAGAGCUGCUUCUGCGACGGUGGCUACGGCGCGUGCCUGGGGCUCGUGGAGAAGGAGACGCUGGGCCCAAUGGUAGAGGACGCCGUGGGGCAGUAUGGAUCUCUGACAGGUGGGGCUGGUGCUGAGCUGGAGGGUUUUAGGACUUGUGAGCUCAGCAGCUUCAACGUUGUUCAGGGCAAGAUGUUGGCUGGGCUCUUCGGUAGAGGGUUUGGGGUUGUCCAAGAGGAGGGCAGGCUUGCAUUGUGCUGGAACUCUAGGCCCUUGACCUCAGUCUCUGUUUGGAGGCCCGUGUGA